GAGGGCGGGGUGCUAACAAGGGCCAGGGCAGGGCAGGGCAAGCCGCGCUGGGCCGGGGAGGCGGCAGCACCAUCACCAUCACCAUGCCGCGGGUGGUGCCUGACCAGCGCAGCAAGUUCGAGAACGAGGAGUUCUUCAGGAAGCUGAGCCGCGAGUGCGAGAUUAAGUACACUGGCUUCAGGGACCGGCCGCACGAGGAGCCGCAGGGCCGCUUCCAGAACGCCUGCCGCGACGGACGCUCCGAGAUCGCUUUCGUGGCCACAGGAACCAAUCUGUCUCUCCAGUUUUUUCCGGCCAGCUGGCAGGGAGAGCAGCGGCAGACACCAACCCGGGAGUAUGUCGACUUUGAAAGAGAAGGAGGCAAGGUGUACUUAAAGGCGCCUAUGAUUCUAAAUGGUGUCUGUGUUAUCUGGAAAGGCUGGAUUGAUCUACAGAGACUAGAUGGUAUGGGCUGCCUGGAAUUUGAUGAGGAGAGAGCACAGCAGGAGGAUGCAUUGGCACAGCAAGCCUUUGAAGAAGCUCGGAGAAGAACUCGUGAAUUUGAGGACAGAGACAGGUCUCAUCGAGAGGAAAUGGAGUACUGCAAGCAAAGAAGCAGAGUGGUUUACUCUUCCCUGAAACAGCCUAGUCUAGCAGUCUCUCUUUGUGGUCUUGUGCUAAAUAUAAAUUACAUUAAUGGGCAAGAAGACAGCAAGACCCUAGUCCUGGAUCUAACCUAGGAAGUGGUGAUGACCUCAAGCUACGUUAAUCAACAGCAGCAGCAGACAUGCCAUGGGUCUGUGUAUAUGCAUUGCUUAUACUUGGCAAAGUAUUGAAUAAAAGACCAGAAACUGUGAUAACUCGGUAUACUAUGGUCUAUUUCCUGACCGGCGGCAGUCACAAACAUCAUGAACUGCCAUGGUUUGCACUAUGUUUAUGUUACAAUACCUGCAUUUCCCAUUUUAAGCAUGUAGCCAGUGGCAAUUUGAGAUUUUGUUUUUCUAUGCAAACUUAUUUUUGUUGGCACUAUCUUAGUGAAAUGGAAACUUAUGCAGCUAUAAAACCAUUUUUCUCAACUGUAAUAAAUUGUCACUUAAAAAUAGGUCAAGAUAUUGCAGAUUACAAUUUGUUUUGUUUUUUGUAAAUUGCUGGAAGCCAGUGCAUUCCAAACUUGAUUUUUUUUUAUAUGGGCUUUUGGAAGUUUCAUUUGUCAUUAUUGUGCUCCUGCUUUUAGAUAUGCAUUCUUAUCUUUUUUGCAGUUUUCUUUUUUUGUGGAUUUGCAAGACUUUUUAAAGACUGAUGACUUUUUUUUACAUUAUUAACAAGUUAAGCCCAGUAGCACAGAGCUGUCAAUCAAUUUUCUAACAUUUGUUUUUGAUUGUUCAAGUUGCAGUAUUCUUUUAACUGCUAACAACUCAUUGGUUCCAUAUUUUUAAAUGUUAAUUUUAAAAUAUAUAUAUAUUUUUAUGUCCUAGUACAUUCUGUCCCAGGACCUAUUCUAGGUUUUAUUUCAGUGCAAAAUGAGUUUGGGGGUUAAUGUGCCCCUGUAUAUAGUACUCUACUGAAACUUUCAGGAAGUUGCAGGCUGGCUUCUGUUUUAUUCAGGGAUUUUUUUUUAAUAGUUCUAAAAUGGAAUAUUGCAACUUCAUGAUUAAAUUUGACAGCAUGUUAAACUGGGGACAAAGUGAUCAGCUGCAAAUAUGAUGUGUAUUAAAUCAUGUUUAAGAUAGCUGCUUUAAAUGUAUUUUAUACUUUAUGCUUUUUGUAAAAUUAUGCUGAAUGAUGAAAGAGAUCAGUGGUUGUGUACAGAAAAAUUCAUUGUGCAUAUAACCCACUUUCUUUUAUUAAAUCUUCUACAAAUAAAGCAAAGUUACACAGUAAUGUUUUCCACCAGGGUAAGAUUUGAAAUGAAUUUACUUGUGUGAAUGAAUGACUUUGUAAAGGGCUUACUCCUAAUUUCCAUUAACUUCAUUACUAACAUAACAGUUUGAAAAGUACUGCCAUUUGGUUUUGUUUGCAUCUAUUUUCUUUCUAACUUUUAGUCGUUUGAAUUUUGUCAUGUGAAGUAAUUGCUUAAUAUUAAAAUGCUGAAGCUGUUUGGUAAACAAUUUUGAAAAGGAGGCUGUGGGAACAUCAGGUGAAAAUAUUUGGAUGCAUUGAUUUAGCUAUGGGUAAUCUGAAGAUCAGCUUCAAUGUGGCUUUUGGCCCACCCAGGUGUUUUUUUUUCCCCCUUCCCCAAAUAACCUUUUUUUUCUAGGAAGUUUCUGUAACAUACAUACAGUCCUAGCACUAUCCUGGUUCCUUUCUGCAUUCUGUGUAAUUUUGAUGCAGUAGUCUGAAUAUUUAUUUUACAUAAUUUUCCUAAUGGUUUUGGAUUGUGUUUUUUAAACCAUAAGUACACAGAAAAUUAUGCUAUCGGAUAUUAACAUUACUCUGUGUAAAUACUGAACUUUCCCUAUCAUCAUUUAGCAUUGUGCUGCUUACUAUAUCUUAAUGCUGGCAUUAAGAUCACAAGCCCUUACCCUCUUCUGGUUAGAGCAGACUUUUUAAAGUGUGUUUUAAGUUAUUGAUGCAAUUUGAUAUUUUUCAUAAUUUCUAUUUAAACAGAAGUUGCAUCAUCUUUCUUGAAUUCAUCUCCUCUAAGAGUUGCCUUAAGCUACAGGAUUGCUUUUGCUACUUUUGUGUUGUAUGUUUAACUUACUUUCAUAAUAAACUUCUUGUGUAGU